AUGGAUCUCCUCGGGCAGAACAACAACACCCGUGUGCGACCUGCGUAUUUCAUAAUCAGCGGUUUUAUUGGUAUACCAAAUAUCAAGUAUUUCUACGUCCUGCUCUGCUUCAUCUACAUAGUUUCAGUGCUGGGAAACUCAACUGUUAUGAUUAUAAUAAUUCUGGAUCGUAAUCUGAGGAGUCCUAAAUAUGUUGCUGUUUUCAACUUGGCCUUUUCAGACCUGUUCAGUAACUCUGCUUUAAUACCCAAGGUUCUAGACAUUUUCCUAUUCGACCACAGCGUCAUCCCGUACGACGACUGCCUGGCCUUCCUGUUCUUCUGCUUCAGCUCCCUGUCCAUGCAGUCUCUCAACCUGAUCGCGCUGUGCUACGACCGGCUCGUGGCCAUCAUCUUCCCGCUGCACUACCAGGCAAUGGUCACGCACAGGUUCAUGCUGAGUUUGGUGGCGUCCUUCUGGCUGUACUCCAUGACUGUCACUCUUGUUUCCGUGGGCCUUUUGACCCGGGUGUCCUUCUGUAACUCGGUUGUCAUUAACAGCUAUUACUGCGACCACGGCCCGAUGUACCGGCUUGGCUGCAAUGAUAUCACUCCCAACCGAGUGAUAGGUGGUUUGGCACCAGUUCUCAUCCUUUGGGUUCCUUUGGUAUUGAUUUUGCUAAGUUACUGUUCUAUUGCUUAUGCUUUAUCAAAGAUCUCCACGGCUCAGGAACGAAUAAAGGCGUUUAAAACCUGCACAGGCCACCUGUCAUUGGUGGCCAUCUAUUUCCUCCCUAUAAUGUUUGUGUAUCUCUUUGGAGGAACAAUUCAUCCCAAUGCCCGGAUCAUCAACCUCUCUCUGACUGCUGUGGUUCCUUCCAUGCUGAACCCAAUUAUUUAUGUCCUUCAAACACAGGAAAUUAAAGUAUCUUUUCAAAAACUGUGUAAAUUUAGGCGCAAUCUAAAAUAA